AAGAAUGGUCGAUGCCGCUAUUUCCACAGCGCAAACGGUGUUUACACGAAAUGUCAAACACGUUGAGUGGGAAUUCGCCAUGCGCGCUGCGUUUCUUCUGUAACUUCGAAAACUAUCAGAGAUCAACACAGAAGUGUUGGAUUGGGUUUGGGUUACGGCGUGAUAAGAAUGAGAAGAGAACUUGGUUCGUUGUAACUUAAUGAUGGACGAAGUGUGUACAGUUAAAUGUAACUUCGGAAAGUGCGUCGACGACCUGAACCAUGUUAUUACGAAGGCAACUCUGCACCAAGUAAAAGAAUACAUUCGAUUGCAUUGCUUCAAUGCUGUGGCGAGAUAUGAUAGCAGUGGCCGUACCCCUUUGCAUGUUGCUGCUUCAAGUGGUAAAUCUGACAUUGUUCGUUGGAUUUGCAAGUUGCUAUCUUCAAACAAAUGUAGUGGAAAUGUUACAAUUGAUUCAGUAGAUGUUGAAUCAAACUGGAGUGCCUUGCAUCGCGCACUGUAUUAUGGAAGAAUAGCUCCCGCUAUGGAACUGUUAAAGAAUGGAGCAAACAUGUGGUUAAAGGACAAAGCUGGUUGCAACUCACUGGAUAUGAUAAUAGCUGAUAUAUCACCUUGGAAUAACAAGAUUAGCUUUAAAAGAAACUCCGAUAUUUCAGUUCAAAACAUUACUGAUUUAAAGAACUCGGAUGUCAGUGAGCUUUACACUUGGGGUGUAAAUGAAAACAUGACUCUGGCUCAGGCAGUCCAAAAAAGUAAAAAAAUGCCAGAAAUGGUAAAGUUCUUCUCAAAGCGAAAUAUCUACAUUAAACAGGUUGUUAUGUGCAAAUUCCACUCCAUUUUUGUAACUCGAGAUGGUGUUGCUUACUCAUGUGGAAAUGGAAGAGGAGGAAGACUUGGAAAUGGGGCAGAGGAUGUCUUUAUUGAUCCGCAACUUGUGGAUGCAGGAGGUAGUGUCAUCACAUCAGCAUCUGCAGCAGUUGAUCAUUCUGUAUUUGUCACUGCCGAUGGCCAACUCCUGACAUGCGGCCUCAAUGACCAUAGAACACUAGGUAUCAACCCUCCUCCUCAGAAGAGCUUGCUUCCUCAGCGAGUAUCGGGUCUCCGGGAUCAUAUUAUUGUUGGUUGUUGUGCAGGAUCAUGCCACACGGUAGUAUGGACGAGCCAAAGUGCUCUAUACACGUUUGGCACCAAUGCUGGACAACUUGGUCAUGGAAAAGGCCAACCAUUCAUUGUUCAACCUCGGCAAGUAUCAAGUGUUCACAGAGAAGGAGACAAAAUUACUUACGUUCAUGCUUGUGAUGCUGCAACUGUUGUUUCCACUGCUCAUGGUGUUGUGUUCUUGCUUCAUAAUUACAUUUGUCGGAAGAUUGUGACGAAACAAAUGGAUAUUAUCAAGUUGCAAGUUGGUGGUGGGAUAUUAGAUCGCACCGUUAUAUCACAGAUGCAGAAUGAGGCAUUUUUCCGAAAGAAAAAGGAAGAAAAUUUAGAUUCCGAGAAAAAGGAUGUAAAGGUUUUGUUGCUUAAGAAAUCCGGAGAUCUCCUCUCAUGGAACAGCGGUCAUUCUUCUCUUGACCGAUGUCAGUUUGAUCAAAAACAGUUACGUUGGAUUAGUGACGUAAGCCUAAGUUGCAACGGUGUGGCUGCAUUGCUUGUAUCAGCUGAUGGAACAGCUUACAUGGCCAAGUUUCAAGCCUGGAUUGCUGGUAAACCUGCUAGAAGAGGAUCGGCUUUGCAUAAACAGGAAUACCUGACCAGCUUGGAUUUAAUGUCAUCGGAUGCAAUACAAAAGUUCCAGCUGGAGCAAGUUCCGUGCGCUUUUCGAUGUCAUACAGCUGUCUUGGGUCCUAAGGGUAGAAACUACUCAUUACUGCAAUCAAAGCCAAGCAACUUCCUCACACAGAUUCCUGUUGUUGAUGCUGCGGACAUCACUGAAGAGAUGAGGAUGCUCUUAGAGAGUUCCGAUGCAUCUGAUCUUCUUCAUGAUAUUGUCAUCCAUGUUCGCAGGGAUGGAAAACCUGAUGUUUUGUUUCCAACUCAUAAAUUUAUCCUCGCGAGUAGAUCUCUGCUUCUCUCUAAACUCAUCCUUUCCCGCAUCCCCUACAGUGAUGAAGCCUCUCUUGAUUUGGAAAAAGAUAAACUCAUCCUGGAAGGAAUCCACCCAAAAAUCUUUAUGAAUUUCCUCAGCAUCAUUUACACAGGAUCAUGUGAGAUGCUGCAACCUGGCUCUAAGAUAGACGACAAAUACCCAGACAGCGGUCGGGUAAAAAUAUUCUGGUCAGAUAACGCAACCUCUGCAAUGGAAAUUCUGACAAAAUCCAACCAAGUUAAAGUAGAAUGCUUCACGUUGCUGAAAAUUCUAAGCAAUCUUUUCGGAAUACGUGAUCUCAGCAAUGAGGUCUUCAGUCUCCAUGGCAUCCGUGAUGGAGUGAUCUUCAGUCGGAAGUCCGGAAAGAAACCUCAUUUUGCUCCAUCCUCUCUUCCUCAGCUUACUGACUGUGAGAUUGAGUCAGAUGAUGGAAUCUGUUUCCAAGCUCACAAAAGCAUCCUCGCAUCCAGGAUUCCUUUCUUUCAUGGGAUGCUGUCUUCACCUUGGAUCGAAACAUCACUUUACGAAAGCAGGCUUUGUGCACAACUAAAGGUUCCUGUUCCCGGAGAUGUCUUCAAAUACAUCCUCGACUUUGCGUAUAUGGAUUCCUCGUCCUCCAUCAGAGGAGCAACAUCCGUGGAUAGUUUGUGUGAAAUCCUCGCUGCUUCUGAUCUUCUACUCAUGGGAAGAUUGAAGCAAAUUGCUGAAGUGCAAAUUGCACCCUUGCUUACAUUGAAAAAUGUUUGUAUGGUGGCAGAAGUUGCUUCUGCAUUUAACAGCAACCAACUUUACGAAUCAUGUCUACAGUUUGCGUGCCACCAUCUCCCUGCAUUGCUACAUACCCCAGCUUUCCAUUAUGCUGAUGAAGAGUUUCUCGACAGGAUGGAAGUUUACUACAGGUCGCAAAUUCCGGAUGUUUACAGAAGAUCCUCUCCUCCAAGCAUGGAGGGUCCGGAUGUGAGUCAUAUUCCUGAGGAAGAUUUAUCUGAUGACAUUACUGAGGUUGACUUCUCAGUUGAUAGACAUUCUUCUGAUCUUCCAACCUCUUCUCUAAGGAAGAGGAGGACCAGUGAAGCACAUUCUUCCCGGAAAGGAAAGAACAAAAAAGCUCCUGGGAUCAUGCUGUCUGAUCUUUUGAACAGAAAACCAAAAGAUGAGGAAGAUGAAAUAUUGGAGAGAAUUGCCCUAAAUCAAGAUCAACCAUCUUUAGAAAAAUUAAAGGAUGAUCAAAAGAAAAAUUUCUCAGCAUCACAUAAAGAAACAUCACCUGAAUCGCAACAUUCACCAAAUGAAGUCCCAACAUCAGAAAGUCCUAAAACUCCAUCUAUAUCCAUUUCACCAUAUUCUCACCAAAUUCAACCUGCUAAUAAUUUGAUAAAUGGUCACAAACCAACACCAGUGAUAUCUCCACCAGCAAAAAACAUUCACUACGGAAACCAUUUCCCUCAACUGGGAGGUACAGUUGGUACAUGGCCUUCAUUAUCUAACAACACAGUAAAUGGAGAUCCUUCAAACAUUAAAUCCGGCACCUCUGCCUCAACUGUUCAUUCAAAUCGACCUAAAAAGCUCUCUCAAAAGGAGAGAAAGCGUAUCAAAGAAAAAGAAGCGGAAGAGAAGAAGGAAUUGUCACAAUCACCUUCUAAGGUUCCAAAUGCAUGGGGUGUUGCUGCACGCGUACCAGAUUCUUCUGAAAAUUUCUGGAAUGCUCCAUCUGAACAUGCGACUUCACCAAAGUUGUCAUCUCCCAUAUCAAGUCCAACCAAACCAAUAACAUCGAACAUAACCAGUGGAGCCUGGCAGCAGCUUCCAUCUUCCCCACCUCCGAUGAAACAUCCUCAAUCUCCAUCUUCACCAACUACUCCCAUGUCUCCUCCCAGAUUCAUGGAGAUUGUAGAAAAUGAACAACUAAGCAAAGAAAGGGCUGAGCAGACGAGUAAGAAACCCCUCUCUGUUAUCCAGCUAGAGGAUCUGGCAAUGGAGGAACUGAAACUACACUAUGAAGAAUCGCGUAAACGAGUUCGGAACAACCAGCAGUAUUUUACUGUUAGUCGGCUGUCCGUGGAUAUAACAAGAGAGCUUUUAGUAAAACGAAGAAAUAAAUGAUUGAGCCGAAUACUUUACUCGUUCACGUAGUUGGUCGUGGAAAUCUUGGCUAUAAGUCGACAUAGUUGAUCAAUGUAUUUUCCUAACUGUCUCUAACACAUUCAUGUCUAAUAAAUUUAUUGCAACGCAAAAAGCAA